AUGAAUAGUCAGCUAAAAUAUUGUUUGCAUGAAAUAUUUCGGCGCCAAGCUAGCCGAACACCCGAUGCCAUUGCUGUCGUCGACCCGGAUAACAAUAAAUCUAUGACCUUCAAGGAAUUAGAUAUGGCUAGUGAAGUCUUAGCGACUAAUUUACGACAUAAAGGUAUCAAAGUUGACUCUAUUGGAGGAAUUUACAUGGAUAAAUGCUUAGAAUACGUUAUAGCAUAUAUUGCCAUCUUAAAAGCUGGUGGAGCUUAUCUCCCUCUCGAUGUUUCCUAUCCACCUGCUCUGUUGAAAAUGGUUUUGGAGGACGCAGAGCCUGUUGCUGUCAUCACAACACAAAGUUGGGCUUCGUUAUUACCUUCUGAGUUAGAGAUCAUCGUAUUAGAUGAUGGUUGGCAAAAUAUUUUGGAACAAGAAAAUACUGCUAGAGGUGACGUUGAACAAAUUAAAAACUCUUUGGACGAUUUAGCCUAUGUGGUUUAUUCAUCUGGUACAACCGGUAAACCAAAAGGCAUUUGCUGUCCACAUCGCGGAGCUGUCUUUUCCUAUACCAAAAGAUUCUUAUUUUAUCCGUUUGAAGAUAAUGAUCGGGUUGCAUGCAACGUUUUUUUUGUUUGGGAGUUGCUCAGACCUUUACUGAAAGGUAUCACUCUGUAUAUUAUUCCAAACGCAAUAAUAUACGAUCCGGUACUACUAUCUCAGUUUAUCUAUAAGCACAGAAUUACCCGUAUCCUUUUCACACCAUCAUUACUUGAGGCAAUGUUGGAUUGUAGUGGUAUUGACUUUAAAAAAACAUUAUCCAGUUUACGAAUCAUCAUGUUGUGCGGUGAGGUCGUUGCUACGGCUCUUCGGAAUCGGUGUGUACGUGUUUUACCGAAUGCGAAGCUAGUAAAUCUCUAUAGUACUUCGGAAUCACACGAUAUGGCGAUGGCUGAACUAUCAGGACCAUAUGGUGCAAUUGAUAAAAACCGUAAAUUUUGUCCUAUUGGAAAGCCAUACGACGAAGUCCAUGUACUAAUCUUAGAUGAUGAUUUAAAGCAGCAGCCGGUUGGAGUUUAUGGAGAGAUAUAUGUUGGGGGCCCAACAUUAGCACGUGGUUAUCUUAAACGUCCAGAAUUAAAUGCUAAGAGAUUUAUUAAGACCCCAGAUUAUCUAUCAGCUUACGGUCCGAUCCUAUAUCGUGCUGGUGAUUGGGGAUGCUUGUUACCUGAUGGUCAAUUGGAAAUUGGUGGACGAUGCGACACAAUGGUUAAAGUUAGGGGUUACAGUAUCGAAUUGCAGGCGGUGGAAGCGGCUUUGUUGGAGUUAGAUAAAGUGAAUGCCGCUGUUGUAAUUCCGCAGGGGGAAGAGGGUUCUGAUAAAUUUUUAGUAGCCUAUGUUGUUCCGGAAGGGAAGACUACCAGAAAGGAAAUCCGAGAAGCUCUGAAAAAGCGUUUACCUUACUUUAUGAUUCCGUCUUAUUUUGUUUUUCUUGCUAGUGUACCGUUGUUACCAGCUUCCGCUAAAUUAGACAAAAAGCAGUUACCAUUGAUAGAUCCUUUAAGGGCUGUUCCUAACGAUGAUGAAGAUAGUGUUCCGAGAACAGAAACAGAAAGAAUUAUGGCUAAAAUGUGGUGCGAUGUGUUACAGUUGAAAGCUGUUGAUAUUGAUGAAAGUUUCUUCGAUCUUGGAGGUCAUUCUCUUAUGGCAACGAAAUUAAUUACAUCGAUUAACGAUCGGUUUAAAACCAAGCUGAGUGUCCGUGAUUUGUUUACGUAUAAUACUGUUAUAAGUAUGGCCUCUUACGUUGAAACAGAAUUAGGUAUAUCGAGUGACCUAAAUGAGAUUUGCUUUACGCCAUGUAGAUUGGAUAUACAAUUGCGGGCUUUUUGGCAUUCAUUACGCUUUUCGAAUAGAUGGUAUCAUGGAAGUGUCUUACUAACCGGGGUCACUGGCUUCCUUGGAGCAUACUUGUUGAAGGAAAUAUUAGCAACUACAGAGGUUGACGUAUAUUGUAUAGUGCGAGAAGUACCCGAUAGCAGCGGUAAGGAUCGCGUAAGAGCUAAUCUUGUAAGUUAUGGUUUGCUACCGGCUGAUCGUAAUGAUUCAAGUGGCGCUAACCAAGAUUUCGAAAAUGCAUUUUCUAAAAGAGUUGAUUACGUUAUACACGCUGGUGCUGUGGUUAAUUUAAUAUACCCUUAUAAAAUGUUACGAUCUGCAAAUGUAGUUGGUACGAAAAAUAUCAUUAAAUUUGCUUCAAAUCUGUUAUAUUAUUUCAGUACAAAUGGUAUAUUUCCGAGAGGAAAACACGGGUGCUCUGAAAAUGAUGACAUGAUACAAUUUGCUAAUCGUCUUACUGAUGGAUAUGCGCAAUCAAAAUGGGUAGCAGAGCAACUCGUGCUGCGGGCACGUAACAGAGGACUCCCAGUUGUUAUUUACCGGCCAGGAAAUCUAUCUGGAGAUAGAGAUACAGGUGCUUGGAAUCCUUCAGACUUUAUUUUCUUGAUGCUAAAAGCUUGCGUUGGUGCUAGAUGUGCACCAAAUAUCGAUUGGCAGUUAGAGAUGACACCGGUAGAUUUUGCGAGCGAAGCUAUUGUCCGUUGUACCCAGAAUCUCACUAAUUGCGUUGGGCGAAUUUACCAUAUAACCAAUAGAAAUACGGUAUCUUUCCGUUUGGUUUGCGAUACCUUAAGCCAAUUUGGUUGCACAUUAAAAUCUGUUGAUUACGAAGAAUGGUUUCAAAUGAAUGAUAUGUCUUUCUUUGGAAAUUCCAACACAUUCGACAACUCCAUCUUUACCGAUCAAUUGACAAAGUUUGGUCUUACUUAUCCGAAAAUUGAUAAAGACCUAAUUGAAACCUACUCAAAAUAUCUGGAGUGUCUUAGGAGUACUAAAAUGAUUUCUGAAGAGGAGAAUCAACCAUUACGUGGUCAAGUAGCAGUAAUAACAGGCGCCUCAAGUGGAAUAGGAGCAACUAUUGCUAAACAUUUAGCUCUUGCAGGAGCUUCCGUUGCAUUAGGAGCUAGGCGAAUGGACAGGCUUAAGUCCCUUUGUCAAGAAAUUAGAUCGGAGGGUGGUAAAGCUAUUGGCGUACCAACGGAUGUAACCAAAAAAGUUGAGGUAGAGAAAUUAGUGAAUACAGCGAGGGAAGUUUUCGGAGAAGUUACUAUACUUGUCAACAACGCUGGUUGUAUGUACUACACCGAAAUGAAGAAUGCUCAUAUAAAUGAAUGGGAAAGGCAAAUCGACGUAAACUGCAAGGGUAUGUUAUACGGAAUAAGCAACGUUUUAAGCAGAAUGUUAGCAAAUGGUUGUGGCCAUAUUGUUAACAUUUCAUCAGAUGCUGGUAGAAAGGUAUUUCCUGGUCUAACGGUUUACUCCGGCACGAAAUUCUUUGUUGAAGCCAUUUCGCAAGGUGUACGAUUAGAAACCGCCGGUUCUGGUGUAAGAGUUACAAGUAUUCAACCUGGUGAUGUAUCAACGGAAAUUCUAACUUACGGUGUAGAUGCUGAAGCUCGAAAGAAAUACGGUGGCAGUGCAGAAUCGAAAAUAUUACGACCCUUGGACAUAGCUAAUGCUGUGGUAUAUGCUUUAACACAACCAAGUUUUGUUGCUGUGAAUGAGAUACUUAUUGAACCUGCAGAUGUACCAUGUUAG